CCCAUUGGGAACGGUUGUCCACCGGCCGGAAGCACCUCGUGGGAAACCCUUGGAUCUCUCAUCGAGAUCAUCCGAGAAGGAGAAAGGGAAGCGUCGUGGCCCUUAGCGCAGCCCUGCAGAAAUGCCUCCUCAGCUCCCCAGCAGCCUCAGUUUCUCGGCCAAGGUCGUCCAGGGCACCCUAGACAGCCUGCCCCAGGCGGUGAGAGCAUUCGUGGAGAGUAGCGCCAAGCUGUGCCAGCCCGACCAUAUCCACAUCUGUGACGGCUCCGACGGCGAGAACCGGAAGCUGCUGGACCAGAUGGAGGCCCAGGGGGUGAUCAAGAGGCUGCGGAAAUACCACAACUGCUGGCUGGCUCUCACUGACCCCAGGGAUGUGGCCAGAAUUGAAAGCAAGACGGUCAUCAUUACCCAAGAGCAAAGAGAUACCGUGCCCAUCCCCAAAACCGGCCCUAGCCAACUAGGUCGCUGGAUGUCCGAGGAGGACUUCGAGAAAGCAUUCAAUGCCCGAUUCCCAGGGUGCAUGAAAGGUCGCACCAUGUACAUCAUCCCAUUCAGCAUGGGGCCGCUGGGCUCCCCUCUGUCGAAGAUCGGGAUCGAGCUGACAGACUCCCCCUACGUGGUGGCCAGCAUGCGCAUCAUGACGAGGAUGGGCACCCCGGUCCUGGAAGCGCUGGGCGACGGGGACUUCGUCAAGUGCCUCCAUUCCGUGGGAUGCCCUCUGCCUUUAAAAAAGCCCCUGGUGAACAACUGGCCUUGCAACCCAGAGAUGACCCUCAUCGCCCACCUGCCCGACCGCAGGGAAAUCAUCUCCUUCGGGAGUGGGUACGGCGGGAACUCGCUCCUCGGGAAGAAGUGCUUCGCCCUCAGGAUAGCCAGCCGGCUGGCUAAGGAAGAGGGGUGGCUGGCAGAACACAUGUUGAUCCUGGGCAUCACCAACCCCAAGGGCCAGAAGAAGUAUUUCGCAGCAGCCUUUCCCAGUGCCUGUGGGAAGACCAACCUGGCCAUGAUGAACCCCAGCCUCCCAGGGUGGAAGAUAGAGUGUGUGGGAGAUGACAUUGCCUGGAUGAAAUUUGACCAAGAAGGUAACCUAAGGGCUAUCAACCCAGAAAAUGGCUUUUUCGGGGUGGCUCCUGGAACCUCUGUGAAGACCAACCCCAACGCCAUCAAGACCAUCCAGAGGAACACCAUCUUCACUAACGUGGGCGAGACCAGCGAUGGGGGCUUUUAUUGGGAAGGUAUCGACGAGCCGCUGGCCCCGGGCAUCAGGCUCACAUCGUGGAAGAACAACGAAUGGUCCCCCCAGGACGGGGAACCUUGCGCCCAUCCCAACUCACGCUUCUGCACCCCUGCCAGCCAGUGUCCCAUCAUCGACCCUGCCUGGGAGUCUCCGGAGGGGGUGCCCAUCGAGGGCAUCAUCUUCGGAGGCCGCCGGCCUGCCGGGGUCCCUCUGGUCUACGAAGCUCUCACCUGGCAGCAUGGAGUGUUUGUGGGGGCGGCGAUGCGAUCAGAGGCCACAGCAGCUGCGGAACACAAAGGCAAGGUCAUCAUGCACGACCCCUUUGCCAUGCGGCCUUUCUUUGGCUACAACUUUGGCAAAUACCUGGCCCACUGGCUCAGCAUGGCCCAGCGGCCAGCAGCCAAGCUGCCCAAGAUCUUCCACGUCAACUGGUUCCGGAAAGACGACGAAGGCAGAUUUCUCUGGCCGGGCUUCGGGGAGAACUCCAGGGUGCUGGAAUGGAUGUUCAACCGGAUCAACGGGGAAGCGGGUGCCAAGCUCACACCCAUAGGCUACAUCCCUGAGGAGGGUGCCCUGAACCUGAAAGGCCUGGGGGACGUCAACGUGAAGGAGCUCUUCGACAUCCCCAAGGGGUUCUGGGAGAAGGAGGUGAAGGACAUCCAGAAGUACCUGGAGGAGCAAGUUAACACCGACCUGCCCUACGAGAUCGAGAGAGAGGUCCUUGCCCUGAAGCAAAGGAUCAGCCAGAUGUAAUCAGACCCGAGAGCUUUCCUUUCAAGAUCAGCCCCCUUUCCAAUGCAACCGGGAGCAAGAGAGAGUGGGAUUUUCUCAGUGGACACCACCCAUACCACUGCCAUGACCACACCCAUGGGCCGAUUCAAAAGACACACUGUAAUUUUUCAGAUAAGACCACAAAGUACGGGCUGGUAACUAUGGGAUCGGGAAGGGAAGUCUCAGCAGGUCUCCAAAAUUCACUAUCCAGUGCAUGUUGGUUCAACCCUAAGGACACCAGGCAUUCAGUCUUUCCUGUUUUUAUCUCUUUAGCUGUGUCAGUUAGCUGGAAUGCACAGAGAAAACUACUUGA